GCCGGAUUGAGGUGACCACAUUAACGUACGCAUGCGGGGGAUGCCGGUGGCUGCACGUUCGUCUAGACUGUAGUCAUUUGGCACAAGGCGUCCGCAAGGCUCCCGAGGUUCUGCCUUACUUAUACCACACCCUGAGUAAAACAACUUCCGUCUUUCCUGCUUUCGCGUGUACCACGCUGCCUUCAUGGCCUUUCCUACGAACGUAGACGCAGACCCGGAUCCUACAACACAGAUUCCUUGGCCAUCUAGGAACGGGAAACAUGUCCGUGUUCAAAGCCCAAAGGACAGGACUCCUGUCGGUGCCAAUGGCAAUGGCACCACCCAGCCAGUUCCUAGGAAACCCGUAGGCAAACAUAUCGAUCCAUGUCGGCCGCGAAUGUCCAAUAUGGAUCUUGUGAAACUGAGUAUAUCCAUGGCUGGUGCACAAGUUGCUUGGACAGUUGAAUUAGGAUAUGGAACACCGUUCCUGCUUUCUCUGGGAUUGUCUGAACAGUUAACAAGUCUCGUAUGGCUUGCGGGGCCCAUUAGUGGACUGGUUGCACAGCCUCUGAUUGGUGCGAUAUCAGAUGUGUCGACCUCGAAGUAUCGAAGACGGUACUGGGUUGUCCUGUCAACCGUUGCCCUUGUUGUCUCUACCCUGUCCUUGGCGUACUGUAAGGAAAUUGCAUCACUCUUUGUCGACAUCGUAGGUGCUGGGGAAGGCAGUUGGGAUCCAGUGCGACAGAAGGGCGUCAAGAACACGGCCAUUGGUCUUGCCAUAGUUUCAUUUUAUCUUCUAGAUUUCGCUUUGAAUGCCCUUCAAGCGUCGUUACGUAACCUCUUGUUGGACGUCACUCCGCCUGAACAACUGAACGCCGGAAAUGCAUGGCACAGUCGAAUGUCCAACGCCGGUAAUAUUAUCGGCUAUGGAUUCGGUUUCUUGCCUUUGGCACAGCUACCACUGAUAAAUCUGCUUGGUGGUGGUCAAUUCCGCAAGUUCUGUGUGGUCGCCAUGGGUAUUCUUGUGUUAACCGUCCUGAUUACUUGCUGGACACAAGAAGAGAAAGCUCACGAGUCUCGACGAGUUGAACGAGAGAGCAAGAUUAUGGACGUGAUCAAGAAUAUAUACAUUGCUGUUACGAAACUCCCGAAACCGAUUCGGCGAGUCUGCUUAGUGCAAGUGUUUGCAUUCAUGGGAUGGUUCCCGUUCUUGUUCUACUCAACGACAUACAUUGGACAAGUCAUGGCAUACGAACAAGGACGCGAUCCUAAUCAUGACACGGCUACCAGGAUUGGUGAACUCGCUAUGUUGAUCUAUAGUAUAGUUGCUGUCAUUGCUGGCGUUUUGCUUCCACAUCUUUCCGAACGAGACACCCGUCUUUUGGCUCAUGAAGGUGAUAUAGACGAAGAUGCGGAGUUGACUCGCCUGAAGCAACUCGUUCGCGAGUGGAAGGCAGAGGCGGUAAGGAAAGGCGAACCACUGCGGUUACCUUUCAUGCCGUUCUUCCUCAGAAACAUCUGGACCGGCGCGUUGCUGCUAUUCACACUGAUUACAUUGUCGACCUUCUUUAUCACCAAAGUUUGGCAGGCCAUCGUUGCUGUCAGUCUUGUCGGCGUAUGUUGGGCCGUUGCAUGCUGGGUUCCUUUCGCGAUAAUCAUGGAGUUUUUGAAAGAACGUGAACACGAAGGGCCUGCCAAUGCCGAAGCAAUCGCUCGAGCUUGGGCUCGACGACCUUCACAUAGUCGUACACAGUCAACCCCAACUAUUCGUCCGGUCAUCUUCCCCGACGAGCGCGCACCGUUGCUUCGUCGACGAUCGUUCAACGAGUAUGAUGCCGACAUGUAUUCUAACGAUCAUGAACCGGUGGCUGGAGGAACCAUCCUUGGUAUCCACAACUUAGCGAUCGUGUUCCCUCAGUUCAUAGUUGCCGUUGUGUCAAGUGCUAUCUUCAAGCUUGUGGACGCUGAGAUUGAUAACGACCCUUCCAAACAUACAACGUACUAUGGCAAGAACGGUGUCGCUUGGGUCCUGCGGUUUGGUGGCAUUUGCACAUUGGCCGGCGCUAUGUUUGCUCGUAUGGUUCCUCCUACCAAGACAGAGAAGGAGAUGAGACGACGUCUCGCUGAGCUGAGGGUCCUCAAGGAAGAGACCUAGCCAUAGAUUUUACGAUGUUCUUUUUCAUCUAGGUUGUAAGAAUAAGUGUAUCAUCGGAUCGGAUCUGGACUAUUGCACAUCUAAGUACCUUGUACUUUACUACACAUCGAUCGCUGUCAUUUUUGUCGCUAUAUCGCAAUUCUAUUCGCUAAUAAGGCAGAUGGCGUAGUCCCAGUUGUCUGAGCAU